AUGGCCGAACAAACUUGGGCGCACAAUCUUUGCUCAAUGGAUAGCUGUGGAUCUUGUUGCGGCGCGUUCUGGUGCUCUUCAUGCCUCUACGGCCGCACAUCCUGGCGACUUAAGCAGUUUCCUCAGAGCCCGGACACAUCGAACGGGUUUGAGUGGUGCAACGUGCCCUGCAUUGGCAUGCUCGCCGGCUGGUGCCUCUUUGUUCCUUGCAUCCCUAUCUGGAUACAACGCAACAGCGUCCGUGGACGUUUCAACAUUGCGGGCAACGAUUGUACCGAUUGUCUUACCAGUACCUUCUGUGGUUGCUGUGCUCAAGCCCAACUCGAGAACGAGUUGAAGGAUCGUGCUGAGAAAGAGCUGCUUAUGGUCAACUAUCCUCCGCCUGCUCAGGAGCGCAUGGUGUAUGCUGAGCCCAGCAGUCUCCAGCCUCGAGCAGUGCAAGAUGCUCCGCCACCAGAUUACAAGAGCUCGUAG